AUGAUCUGUCGCUGCCCGAUCGAGUUUUACGGAGCUAAAUGCCAGCAUCAGCGAUUCGCCCUCCCUUCGAAACCAGAAUUUUUGACCGUCGUGGCAAAUUUCAACGAAAUCAUCAUCAAAUGGCUGCCGAUUUUCGAAGAUUCAAGCAGCAAUACAGUCAUCGAAAGUUUGAAAGUGUCCAUCGGAAGCGAUGUCUACAGUAUUUCCGACUUUAAUUCCAAUCAGCUCAAGAAAUCAAUCGCUCCUGAUACCGAAGUUGAACUAAAAAUUCACGUUAUCUACAAAAACGGAAUUAUGGCUGAGUCUGAGGUUUACAACAUUAGAUCUGCUCCGGAACUUCAGAAGCCUGAGAUUCUUGAGCGACUCUCAAAUAUUGUCAAAAUGAAAUUUGGUGACGACUCUCUUGUAGAAAGAUAUACAGUAAUGCGCACAUACAAAAAGAGGAUUGGUAAAGACAGAUACAGUGCGCCCAUUUUCGAAGGUAGAUCCGGAGAGAUGAAUGUUGUGCCCCAAAUUGCAUUUCCGAGUGGACGAGAUGUUACUCUUGCGAUUCAAGGCCAGACUGAAUUCGGCUUGACUAACAUCAAGGAAGUCACAAUAAGAAUAAAGCAUGCAGCUCCUCUCUUUAUUGCCGAAAAAAUAAAAGUGGGAAUCACUAAAGUGGAACUUUACUGGAAACAGGAAAUGGACGAAGAAGAUGCUUCCGUGAGUAUGCUCAGCUAA